CUGAUCAGGCAGGCCUGGGCAGCUUCUCCGGAAAACUAGAUUCUCUUGUUUGAAGAAAUGAGUGACUGCUCAUCUUUGAAGAAACUAUAAAACUGUAUUUCUGUGCACUGUGACCUUUUUUUCCCCCCUUGCUUUUAUUGUAAAUGCCAUUUUUAAUCGAUGUUUCUUACUUUUUUUUCUUCCCUUUGGAGGACGAGAAAUUAGUCUAGAUGCAGAAAAUUGGAAGAAAUGGAAGAAAGGAAAAUCAAGAGGAGGAGCCCCAAAUCAUCUACCACUCACCCUGCUCAGGUUGCUAACUCCAAGAAAAACUCAGUGCCAGUCAGUAAAAGUACAGCCUUUUCAAAUCCUGCACCACAGCCUGCGGUACAGAAACCAAAGCUAAAACGUGUAAUAAAAGAGAAAGCCAAACCUCCAGGAGGAGAAGCAAAAGGGGCACAGGCAGCACCCAUCCAGCAUUCUUUUCUCACAGAUGUAUCAGAUGUCCAGGAAAUGGAAAGGGGACUUCUGAGUCUCCUGAAUGACUUCCACUCUGGCAAACUUCAAGCAUUUGGAAAUGAAUGUUCCAUAGAGCAGAUGGAGCACGUGCGGAGUAUGCAGGAGAAACUUGCUCGCCUCAAUCUGGAGCUCUACGGGGAGCUGGAAGAACUCCCUGAAGAUAAAAGAAAACUAGCCAGUGACUCCAACCUGGAUAGACUGCUAUCAGAUCUAGAAGAACUGAAUUCAUCUAUCCAAAAACUACAUUUAGCUGAUGCUCAAGAUAUUCCAAAUAGUGCCACAGGCUGAAAGAACAGCUUUAUCAAUUUGGAUUCUCCCAGAAGCUUUUCUUUUUAUUUUUACUGACAGCGGAAUCUGGAA